UUAAUUCAAGUUAAAAUAAAUGUGAAAUAAUCUAUUGUCUAUAUAGUUAAUCGUUAAACACAAUGAAAAUGUCUAAAGUGAAAGAAAGUAAAAAAACGAAAACCACAAACGGUACGAUACCGAAGAAAACUGGGGGCGGUAUAAAAGAAAACUCAGUUGCAGUGGCAGACAACCAGAAGACCACAACAGAAAAUUACAAUGAAAAAAUUGAACAAGUUUUGAAUACUUCUUUUAUAGAGGAGGAGGAGGACGAAGACGAGGCUGAAGAUCAGUUUCAUUCAGCUCCAACUACACCGACCAAAUCAAAUUAUGGCUCAUUAACAAAGAAAGAUCUGUGUGGUGGCCAAGAGUUGCCGUUGCACAAGUGUAUAUUUCUCAAUGACCGUGAAGCAUUAAAGUGUCUGUUGGAAAAAAAGACGGAGAAUCUAUCACAAAAGGACAAACAUGGCAAUACACCACUUCAUUUGGCUGUAAUGUUAGGACGCAAAGAUUGUAUAGAUUUACUUUUGGCGCAUAAUGCCACUGUAAAAAUAAAGAACAAUGACGGCUGGACGGUAUUGGCGGAAGCCAUUUCUUAUGGCGAUCGCGAUACAAUUUCAAUUUUGCUCAAGAAAUUACGACAGCAAUCGCGAGCACACUUAGAAUCCAGAAGAUCCGCCAUGAUUAAAGGUUUAAAACAGAUUCAGGAUUUCUAUAUGGAAUUAAAAUGGGACUUUACUUCAUGGGUGCCAUUGGUAUCACGUAUGUUACCCUCCGAUAUUUGUCGUAUACACAAAUGUGGCUCGUCCCUUCGCUUGGAUACGACUCUAGUAGAUUUUAACGAUAUGCGAUGGGAAAGAGGUGAUACCUCAUUUAUAUUUCGCGGUGAUCAACCCAUGAAUCAUUCCAUUACAGUGCUAGAUAAUGAAUAUCAAUGCUACAAACACAUACACUAUGAAGAUUCGGACAUUGAAGAUGAGGUGGACAUAUUGAUGUCGAGUGAUAUUUUAGCAGCCCACAUGUCAACAAAAAGUAUACAAUUUGCUCGCGCCCAGUCUGGUUGGAUAUUUCGUGAGGACCGCAAGGAGGUUGUGGGCGGUCAAUAUCAAUCCGAACUGUAUGCCAUACAUGGACUAGUACUGAAGCAACGUAAACGCAGGGAACAUUUGUCACAAGACGACAUACAAAAGAAUAAAGCCAUGUUGGCAACUAUGUCACAAGGCCGCCGUUCGAGUCUCACCAACAGUAACAGCAAUUCCACAGAUGCUGGCUCAACAAACGUUUCAAUUGAAAUAGCGAGACGAUCUUCACUUCCGCCGCCACCAAAACCCUCCAUCACUUGGGAACAAUACAUAAAUGCGGAGACUGGUAAAUGUCCACCUCUGGGCCGUACACCCGUCCACAAACAAUCGAAUAAAUCUUUAAAAGCCACCGUUGCCAUGAGUAAAGAAUUUCCACUUAGUGUUGACAUGCUACUAAAUAUUUUGGAAGUCAUUGGACCCUUUAAACACAUCAGUAAAUUGCGUGAAUUUGUUGCUCUAAAACUGCCUCCCGGUUUUCCGGUUAAAGUUGAAAUUCCCGUUUUACACACCGUUACUGCUAAGAUAACAUUUCAGAAAUUCGAAUUUCGCGACAAUAUUUCACCGUCGCUCUUCGAAAUACCCAAGAACUAUGUGGAAGAUUCUAGCCGUUUUCCGGACUUAUGACCUGGUGAACAAGAACAACAGCAACAAGCGGAUGUAAAUCGCAAUUCAAAUAAAAAUGGAAAAUUCUAAAGACAAUCUCCAGGAAUAAAAAAAAACAUCUACCAAAUGGGAAAGAUGAAUUUAUCUUUGUAUUCGUGGAUAAAAAACAAUAAUUAUCAACAACAUUGAAGCAUUUCUUUUUGGAAAAUAAUUUUUACUUUAUAAACUACCUAAUUAAUGUUACGUAUAUCAUAUCUCUGAUCUUCUUACUAUUUAUAACUUUUGUAAUUCAUAUUUUGUUUUUAACUUUAAAGUUUAAACACUUCUUCUUAUCACCAAACAUUAAACAAAAAUAAUAUUUAUCAUAAAUCUCAUCACUUUUAUCUUUGUAUACAUAAUAAUUAUGUUGUAAGUCACCAGAAAGGAAUUCCUACACUUUCCUACAAGUAUUUACAUAUGCAACUUAUAAACUAUAUACUUUACUAUAAAUGCAAACACCAUACACGAUAAACAUAUUUAUUAUUUAAGUAUAAGUUAAAUGUUAUU